GUACAGUGUGCAGUAGAACCCCAGCAUUAUUCCGUUGUCUUCCUUCUCGGUUGCUCACUCUCUUUUUCCUCUCUCUCUCUCUGCUAUUUUAACCUAGAUCAAAGAUGACGGUGCUGUGAGAAAAGCGUGAGUGCCAAAAAUUCACAGCAUCCGAGGAGCACGUGAAUUCCGACAUGUAACGGUCGAAAGUUGUAACCCACGACGACGAGUUUGGAUCUGUCGUUUACAACCAUCGCCGAUCUCCGCCUUAAACGACGCUUCACUGUAACCACCACACUCUUUCUCCUCACCGUUGCAACUUCACAGCACUGUGUAGCGUUCUACUUUUAUUUUCCUGUUGCUGUCAGAAGACCGUUUAGCAACGGAGGGUACUAGCUAGGUAGUAUGAUCCUCUUCUUACCCUAUCUCUUUCCGUGAUUCACUCUGGGUUUGACUUUUCAUGCGAGAAUAUUUAAGGUUUUGAAGUGGUUUUCUUGCUUCAGCUACCUGAUGAGGACUUGAUUUAUUGAUCUAUGAGGUUGUUGUUCUAAUUUAUCAAGCAUGGAUAAAGUUUCAUCAGACUGUCCGUACCCGGGAUGCUUCUUUUGUGUUAUGAAGGAAGGGAAUCCAAGCAAGCGCAGAGCAAGUGUACUGAAAUUCUUUAGAGAACUACCGUGUCAAGAUGAAGAUGGUCAGGUUCUCCCUAUCAGUGGCCUUUGGAACACGGCUAUGGCACAUCCAAAUGACCCUGAAUUCAUCGAGCUAGGAAUAUUUGAAUGCAUGUCUGCUCUCAUAUGGAAGGGACUGAAGAACCGGCGUUGGCUUUCUCAUGACCAAAAUAUAUAUAUUCCUUAUUAUGCUGCUCAUAUCAUCGGUUCCUACACAAUGAAUAUGGAAGAAUUUGCAGAAAGUGCCGUGCAUGCUGGGGUCAUUCCUCCUUUGGUUGAGCUUUUACGAGGUAGAUUAACUUGGGUUGAGCAGAGGGUGGCAGUUAGAGCAUUGGGACACUUAGCUACAUAUGCCAGCACUUUUCCUGCCAUAGCAAGUCAUGGUGAAAUUCUUGAGCUCUCCAUCCAAUUGGCAAUGAGUUCCUUGGAAAUAGUUUAUUCACACUUUUACCAAUAUGUUGAUAGAAGGCUCAGUUAUCAUUGCGAUCUUCUUACACGUGGCAUGGGUGGUGUUGAAAUGGAGUCCAGGAAGGCUGAGGAAUGGGCUAGUCAGUUGCAGUGUUGGUCCCUUCAGCUAAUUAAUUGUUUUGCUUUUAAACAUGAAUUUCUUCCUACCAUAUGCAAACCCGAAUUUCUGAUAAAACUACCUGGUAUGUGGGGUGGACUUGUUAAUGAAAAUUCACCAGCCGGUAUUGGUUUAUUAAGAACAAUUUGUCAUCAAAAGCUUGGUAGGGGACCUGUUGCCAGUUGCCCUGGUAUUAUUGAUGCAUUGUGUAAUAUUGCUCGGUCUUCGGAUGAUUGGCAGUAUAUGGCUAUUGAUUGCCUUCUAUGGCUGCUUCAAGAUCCCAAUACAUGUCACAAGGUGAUUGAUAAAGUGGUGCCUGUAUUAGUUGACCUUGCUGAGAUUACAACUCUGGGUGAUCAUAAAAAGCUUGGUGAUUCAAUCCUUAAUGUUUUUCAAGAGUGCAUCCAGUCUCAAGGGUCAGGACGAAGCUCAAUUAGUAGUCACACUAAAGAACAGAUUGAGGAUAUAUUAGAUUCAAAGCAGAGAUUAAAAUGGGAAAAGAAUAUGCCCAAGGAAGAUCUACAUAUUAAGCAGGCUGCAGCGCUGGUUGUCAAGCUUGAAGGAAAUUCCCUGUUCUCAUCUGGAAAUAUUGCUGGAGCUGCAUCAAAAUACUCUGAAGCAUUGGCAUUGUGUCCUAUGAGAUCCAGGAAGGAGAGAGUUGUUCUAUAUAGUAAUCGUGCUCAAUGCCAUCUUUUGCUGCAACAACCUUUGGCUGCCAUAAGUGAUGCUACCCGUGCACUAUGUCUCCAUAGACCUGUCAAUCGUCAUGCCAAAAGCCUCUGGAGACGAGCACAAGCUUAUGACAUGCUUGGAUUAGCGAAAGAGAGUUUAUUGGAUGCUAUUUUAUUUAUAAAUGAGUGCUCUCAGUCAAAUGAUCCUGAUCUCUCACUGAGGCAAAAUAAAGUUCCAGAUUAUGCUGAGCGUUUGGUUAAGAAGCAGAUGCGUUCUGCUUGGUUAUUUCGAGAGGCAGCUAUUAAGCAUGGUGGGGUCCAUAGUCAGGGUGAUGGUGGUGAUAUGUAUGGCCCAGAGACUGAUGAUUCGGAAUGGGAGACAGCUAGUGAAAGUGAUAUAGGAAAUGAUGGACGGGAUGACAUGGGUGAUGACGACGAUGGUGAUUGGAAUAAUGAUGAUGAGAGGAAAGAUUAUGACAAACCUUCAAUGAAAGAUAUAAAACAUGGAUACAAUGUGCAGCUUGCGGAAGAACCUUGACAUAGUAAUCCUUGCAUUUGGUGCAAUUGUUCUCUCCAGCAUGAGUGAAGCAGGGUUGGCUGCUGCGACUAUUCAAACUCUACAUGCUUUGUUGGCUUUAAAAGAGAAAAUUCUAAGUCGCUCGUUGUAGUAAGUGGCGGGUUGAAAGUGAUGACUGAGUUUUUGGUCUUACUAUUAUUUGAGGUUGAUAUUUUAUAGAAAGUUUUCCAUGUUCCAUAUUUGUUCUCCCCAUUUUUCUUGUUAAGUGUAAAAAUUGAAGAUUUCAAGUUUGGAGAACUACAUAGCGUUUGGAGGAUGUGAAGUUUUUUUUUUUUUUAUCCCCCGAGGUUUGUGUAUAUAAACCCUUUGUGUUUUAAGUUUUCUCAGUCCGUUUCCACUAUUAUUUUGAUUGCAGUUUGCCUGA